AUGCCUCGACCCAAAGCGCCCCGGAGGUCUUUAACCGUGCGCCCGGGGAAGGCCGCUUUACCCCCCGCAUCCGAGGCCGACGAUAUGGCGGCUCUUUUCGAGUGCAUUAAACUGAUCCCGCUCUCGGUCGAUGGAGCGGGCCGGGAAGUUCUGGCUCGUCCGGCGAAACGUGCCAAGACCAUGGGGACUCGGAACUCAAUCUGCGUCGCCCGGGAACACGUAACAGCAUCGUCCAGAGCGGCGGCUCCGUCUCUAAGCGGCACGACAAUCUCCAGGAAGAACGCAGGAGAAAUUCUCGCUUUCAGAAUCCGCACCUGUGUGGGGGCAUCUGGACGCCGCUUGCUCCUACACAUCACGCCGCGAACCAAAUCCCGCCGGUCAGGCUGGUCAGCCACCUUUGACUUAGACGACAGCCACCUCUCUUCUGCCGCUAGGACAGCCUUACAAGUGGCGGAGACGCAGGGUUUUGAUUCUGAUGACCAAGGUUGCUUGUUUGCUUUAGUGAAUAUCACCAUUCAACAACUUGGCUCUUCGGUUAAUGUGGAUCUCCUGAUCGAGGUUCGAUGGGCCGAAACGGUGGGAAUAUGGGGGAGCGAGCGGGCGAAUUCAAUUUCACAGCGGACUCUGCGAGACCGGGUCCUCAAAACUUGGUACCCGGAUUUGCACCUUCGCCAAGCCGACGGCGUGCAAGCUUCGUGGUCUCCCCAGGAAUUCUACGAAGCGGCAUGCGUCCCCGACAAGGACACCAUGAACGCGGAGGUUGAGAACAUGAAGAUACCCAAGUUGGAAGCUAAGCUAUAUCCCUUCCAGCGUAGGGCUGUUCAGUGGCUGCUUCGGCGGGAAGGCGUGCAGUGGCAUCCCGGAUCUCCUGGUGAAGAAGCGGGCGUCCAGCCUUACGUACCUUCAGCGUCGCUUGAGCCCCCGAUUUCUUUCUCACCAGCUAAAGAUGCCGAUGGAAACACCGUUUAUCUUAGCCCGUUACUUGGGCUUGUCACCCGCAACCCCACUUUCUUCAGCUCCCUUCAUGAUUUCCGCGGUGGCAUCCUUGCGGAGGAGAUGGGACUCGGGAAGACCCUGGAGGUUAUCGCACUGAUACUCCUGCACCCGCGCCCUGAAUCACCGGCUAUGGUUUUCGGCCAUUUUCUUCAGCGCGAGGUGCUCACGACGUCGGCAACAUUGAUCGUCGCUCCUUCGACUCUUCUCGAUCAGUGGCUCUCAGAGCUCAACCGCCAUGCACCGAGUCUGAAGGUCAUGUUCUAUCCCGGAAUACGGAAACUAUCCAAGUCAAAGGAAGGGACCGAGAUUUCGGCCGAGCAGUUAGCCGAGCAGGAUGUCGUGAUCACCACCUACGAGGUCCUCCGGACGGAAAUCUGGGCGGCGUCCGACGCGCCUGGACGUUCCAUGCGCAAUGAGCAACAAUACGAAAGACUCAGGUCUCCUCUCGUGCAACUUUCGUGGUGGCGUGUGUGCAUUGACGAGGCCCAGAUGGUUGAGAACUGGACCAACAACGCUGCGAAACUUGCCCGGAUGAUCCCUCGCAUUAAUGCCUGGGGUGUCACGGGUACACCAGUGAAGGAUGACAUUCAAAAAGAUCUUCGCGGCCUUCUGCUUUUUCUUCGGUAUGAACCAUACGCCUCAGACACCAAGAUUUGGAACGUCCUCACGACCGUGGACAAGGCGUCGUUCCGGAAAAUCUUCAACCAGAUAUCGAUGCGGCACAGCAAGAGCCUUGUCAGGAGCGAGAUCGCUAUCCCGGCGCAAAAACGCUUUGUGGUCUCGAUGCCAUUCACCGCUGUUGAGGAACAGCAUUACCAGACUCUCUUUGAAGAGCUUGCCGAAACCUGCGGCUUAGACGCGCGAGGGAACCCGUUACAGGCCGAUUGGGACCCUGAGGAUCCAACCGUGCAAAGUGCCAUGCGGGUGGCUCUCGAUCGGCUCCGUCAGACUGUCCUGCAUCCCGAAGUGGGGAACCGGAGCGGUCGAGCACUCGGAAAGAGGGCUGGGCCGAUGCGGACAGUUGCAGAAGUCCUCGACGCGAUGCUGGAGCAAUCCGACGCCGCAAUGAGGGCGGAUCAGCGCAGUCUUCUCUCCGCGACGUUGACCAGAGGCCAGAUUCUCGCCUGCCAGAAAAGGGUGGUAGACGCCCUGGCCGUCUGGCAAGAGGCCCUGGGCAAGACCACGGCAAUGGUGGAAGAAUGCCGCGCACAGCUCGCUCGGGAAAUCGAGGAAGUCAAGAAAGGGAGCAUGAACGAAACCCGGAGCCCAUCCGGCGACGAUGAGGUGGAAGAGGUAGAUGAUGCGGUGUCAGUACGCGUGGGAGAAGCCCGCCGACGGCUACGGUCUGCGCUCGAGAUCCAGCACAGAGCCGUCUUCUUCUGCGCAAACGCACAUUUCUCUAUGAAGUCGAACGAGGAGAUUACCGUUCCAGGCUCGGAAGAGUUCAAGCGAUUAGAGAGGCUCGAGGUUGAGGGCUACGAGCGUGCGAAGCAGAUCAGAAGAGAGAUUCUCCAUGAGCCGUAUAGCAAAGCCAAGGAGUUGAUGGGUCGGCUGGCGAGGGCGGCAGCAGAGCAAGCCUUUGUUGUUAUCCCGGAGUUUAAGCCCGUCGAGAAGUUGGGCAUAGAGAGUCGCCGAAUUGCCGAUGCCCUCGAAGAACUCGGCGCGGCCUUGGAUGAACAGGCUGCUGAGAUUGACGACUGGCGAGAGCACGUGAUCCAGCUUCUGCUCAAGCCCCUGGUUGACGAAGAGAUGGACGACAUCACGGGUGAUGAGUAUGAGGAAUCGAAAAAGCUUCAGGAAGAGAUCCUGGUCUACCUCCAAGUUUUGCGGACGGCAAUCGCGGACAGGCAUGCCGCGAUAACGGGGCAAAGGAACUUCCUUGUCGAGCACGAAACCAAGACGGCGGCGCGGCUGGCCAUGGAAGGACAGGGGCCCUGUCCCGAGAAGCUUCUGGAGCUUCUCAAGGUUUGUCAAAACGUCAAACCGCGGUUUGUGGAAGGCGACUCCUUAAGCUCGGUGCGGGGGCUGGUGUCAGAACUCCGGGCUCUCACGGCCAGGCUUCGGCACGAGGAGGCAACAGGGAGCUUGAGGGCAGCUAGUGAGCUUGCCAUAGCCUCGGAUUUGUUGAAGCUGGCGCUUAAUCAACAAACGGAGCAAACGAAGGCUGCAACAGGCCUGGAAAGGGAACUUGAUCGUUUCGUGGCCACCCUAAACGCUCGGAUUGAGGUCUACCGACAGCUGCAGGUGGUCUCGGACAUGGUUGGCGAUUACGAAGGGUCGUUGGAGGAUGCGGCACUGGAUACGGCUCUGCAAACAAUCCAACGGCAGGAAGCUGGCCUGGAGGUCAAGUUAGCAGCUGCGGAGGCCAAACACCGCUACCUGAAGCAUCUAAAAGACGCUGAGUCACACUCGGAGGAGCAACAGUUGUGUGUGAUUUGCCAGUCAACGUUCACUAUCGGUGUCUUGACGGUCUGUGGGCAUCAGUUCUGCAAAGAAUGCAUCAGAUCGUGGUUCCAUGCGCACCGCAACUGCCCGGUCUGCAAGAGGCAUUUGCAUCAGUCCCACCUUCACGACGUCACACUGAAGCCGCAGGCGCUUAGAGUCCAUUCAGAAGCACACGCCGGUGGCAGCGACGGCUCGACCACAUCUCCAGCGUCUGCGGCAAAGAAAAGUUUGGCGAUAUACAAGGAUCUCAAUGCUGAGCAGCUGGCAGAGAUCCAGAACAUCGAUUUGGACGGUCCCAGCUACACGACGAAGGUGGACACGCUGACGCGGCACCUUCUGUGGCUCAGAGAAUCGGAUCCGGGUGCCAAAUCGAUUGUCUUCUCCCAAUACAAAGAAUUUCUUGACAUUCUUGCACAGGCCUUUCGGAGGUACCGCAUCGGCUUCACCUCAUUCGAUAAUGCGCAUGGCGUCGCUCAGUUCAAGGAGGAAGCCGGCAUCGAAGUGUUCCUGCUCCACGCAAGAGCACACGCGAGCGGGCUGAAUCUGGUUAACGCCAGUCACGUUUUCCUGUGUGAGCCGCUGCUAAAUACGGCGCUCGAGCUCCAGGCGAUCGCACGGGUCGACCGCAUCGGACAGCAGCACGAGACGACGGUCUGGCUCUACAUCGUCGACGGCACGGUGGAGGAAUCGAUCUACGACCUGUCGGUGCAGCGGCGGAUGGAGCACAUGGCCCGAAAUUCGAAGGGCAAGUCCAGGGACUCCACUCCGGAACUGUCGGACGUGAACCUUGACGAGGCGAAUGCGCGCGAGAUGCAGCAGGCGCACUUGUCCAAGUUGAUGGGCAGGGACGGCAUCUCGGGCGAGGCGGUGGACAAGGAUGACCUGUGGACGUGUUUGUUUGGGAACUUGCAGGCCAAACAGGAGCGGGAAGAGCGGGCGCCUCGCAACGAUGCAACUCGUCGGUUCUUGGCUGCUGAGGCCGCGGAGAUGCGGGCAUUGGAGGGCCGCGAUGGGACAGGGGAGUAGCGAAGCAUUUGGGAACGGGAGCGAUCAUGGUUCUGAAGCGAGUUUGGGUUUGUUGUUGCCAGGGCUACCUAGUUAUGCGCCAGCGCGCAGGGCGAUCUGAUCGGGAAGAGAGAAUCUACUCCUGAGGUACUCGA